UCCAAGUCGACGAACAACAGACCCAUGCCAACGGACAGAGAGGCGCAGAGCAUGGGACUCAGGAAAUGAACCGUCUCUAUGACUAGGAACAAUUUGAAGCAGCAUUUGACCUGGUUGCUGCAUCGCGGUCCGUCGCUAUAUCCUACCCUCCAGCUACCGAAACAGUCGGAGAAUUGCUCAGCUGCUACGAGAACGGAACUGAAGCAAUCACAGCCGGACUCUGAACUAUUCGUCCCAGCGACAGUAGAUCCACAAGUGGUACAGCUCGAUAACCCUACAGAGCUUGGGGUGGGGGACAUUGACAACGAUGGCGAUCGAUUGAGAACCGAUACCGAUAUGGCAAGGCUUCAAUUCGCCCCUCAAUCAGCGACGAAGCCUCGACUGCUAUCGUCAAGCAGUCCAAGAACCCCGACUGUGAAUGGUAAUGGGCAUUCUAUGCAUAGUGCGCUGCGCGUAGAGGAUCGUUAUUCUCUCAAAGAUCAUGCCGAUAACUCUAAGCGAUCAUCCUCUCAAGCCAGUGUCAAGAAACAGCUCCCUCGCCGCUCACCGUUGCCUUACGUCAAAUCGCCAAUCGCCGAUAUCGAUGAAAUCGAUCUGACCGGCGAAUUCGACGAAGAUGCUUCUUCCAGCACAAUCGAAGCGUUUGGUGAAGCACGUCGUAUCUGGAGGGAGGACUUCGCAUCCCGCGCGGAACCCACCGAAAAGCGAGGGAAAAAGAGAAAGAGCGAUGAAUAUACAUCCGACCUCUUAUCGCCAAAGAAGACCAACCCUCGCAUCCUUUCUCCGAAAUCAGGUACUAAGAAUGAGCUUCAAGACAACUUCGAGGACUUCCAGGCCCCGGCAUCUCCUAGUCCACGAAAGCGGACAUUGUCUAAGAAGGAAAGCCAGUCACCUGGGAAAUUGGGCGUUAAGAGGAAAACGCCUGACCUCCCUCGCCGCGCUGGCUCGAAGCGAGUGAUUGCAGACUCGGAUGAUGAGGAAUGCGACGGAGUGGCUACUGACUCGGAGAUUGUGGAACUUCAUUCAGACGAUGGAUUGCAUCCAAGCUUUUCUCAACGCGCUUCGACCAGCAAUAGCUCUUUAGGCAAGGCAGGACCUAGGCCCAAAAAGCAGAAGGAUGAAUCAGGCGUCACGGACAAUAAUUUAUUAGCGGCUACGGUAUCUCGGCACCAGUCCACCGCGAAGGCGCAUGAAAGUGCAACAAAGAUCAGCUAUUUGCAGACCUUGCCUUCUCCAGUUACCCCAAGCACUCAAGAGAGUAGAGACGACGACGUGACAAAGUUCCUGGACAUGUCUUCGCAGAAACUUGACGGACUCAUUAAGACGUUCGAGGCCAGUAAGGAAGCGAAUGCCCAGAUCAUAUACCACCGAGCUAUGGUAGGCGACUCAGUCGACGACUUAAUGGCCCAGAACAGGAUGCUCAUUGCCAAGGCCAAUGCAGUCGAACAAUUGCGGAAUGAGAAAGCUGCACAUGAUAAGUUCGCCUCACAGAAGGAUGAACUCAAAAAGGCGAUGAUAGAGAUCAUUAAACAAGGCGGCGACCUAUCCGACCAGGCCGCAGAGCUUGCAAAGAGUCGAUCAAUUGCCCAAGAGCUGAAUGCCAUUGAAGACAGGAUAUCGAGCUUGCUGCAAACUGUUGAUGUUUUUGGCGCCCAUGAGAGCGAUUCCUUGCCGGCCAGAACGUCAGAGCAGGAUGUCUUGGUGGAGGCUACGCAGCCGUUUAGCAAACAUACCCAACCUGACAAGGGACAAAGCAGUUUCACGGAGCGAAAUCUUGAACCGAAAACGCGGUCACCAGUGUCGACUGCUCCCGCUCUUCAAGCGUCCAACUUUCAGAGCCGCUCCAAAGAUGCAAUUUGUUCCAGCACGGAAAUGUCGUCUCACGCACGGUACACAGCCGGUUCCGCAUUCGAAGACCGCGAGACUCAGUAUGCCGAUGACGAUGAUUUUAUGAUUGACGAGGAGAUUUUCACGCGAAAUAUGGGAACCCCAGAACCUAUAGGUCGGGGAAUGGAUGAGUUCGAUCUAGACGCAAAUGAUGAGGCUAUGCUACAAGCUGCCGAGGAUCUCGAUACCGGAUUCUCUUCAGACGACGAUCUUCCAGUGCAGAACCGCAAAGUCUUUGCAGAGACUUCGGGUAACGCCACUAAAUUGUCAUCAGCAAAGAAGCCAAGUGCCGAUCCUGCUUUAAUGAUGUCUCAUCCGUGGUCGAAGGAUGUGAAGGCGGUUAUGAGGGACCGUUUCCACCUGCGCGGCUUCCGUCCAAAUCAACUCGAAGCCAUCAACGCGACUCUCGGCGGCAAAGAUACAUUUGUCCUCAUGCCUACUGGAGGGGGUAAAUCUCUAUGUUAUCAACUGCCCUCCGUUAUCAAUAGUGGUCGCACCAAGGGUGUCACUAUCGUGAUAUCACCCCUUCUCAGCUUGAUGGAAGAUCAGGUCUCUCAUCUGAAACGGCUGGAUAUCAAGGCCUUCUUUAUCAACGGGGAGGUAGAGGCAGAUCAUCGGAACUGGCUAAUGCAGACUCUAGCUAGCUCUAGCGCGGAGAAGCUUAUCCAGCUACUCUACAUUACUCCCGAGAUGAUCAACAAGAACAAACGACUCGUCGAUUGCUUGUUGACGCUUCAUCGGAGACAGAAGCUUGCACGGAUCGUGAUCGAUGAAGCACACUGCGUAAGUCAAUGGGGCCAUGAUUUUCGGCCAGACUACAAGGAACUGGGUGAAGUCAGAUCUCAGUUUCCCGGAGUGCCAGUAAUGGCUCUUACAGCGACAGCCACUGAAAACGUGAAGGUCGAUGUCAUGCAUAAUCUCGGCAUGAGAGGCUGUGAAAUCUUUCUGCAAAGCUUCAAUCGGCCGAAUCUGACGUACGAAGUGCGGAAAAAGGCAGGUGCCAAAGACGUUCUCGCCAGCAUAGCAGAGACCAUCACGACUUACUACAAAGGCCAAUCGGGCAUAAUUUAUUGUCUCUCUAGAAAUGAUUGCCAGAAAGUUGCCGAACAACUCAAGAAAGAAUAUCGCAUCAAGGCUGAGUUCUAUCAUGCUGGCAUGGACUCGUCAGCCAGGGCCAACGUGCAAAGACUUUGGCAGUCCGGAAAAUGCCGUGUGAUGGUCGCGACGAUUGCUUUCGGUAUGGGAAUCGACAAACCAGAUGUUCGCUUUGUCAUUCAUCAUUCCAUGCCCAAGAGUCUUGAGGGAUACUAUCAAGAGACCGGUCGCGCUGGAAGAGAUGGCAAGCGCUCUGGCUGUUACCUUUAUUAUGGUUACCGCGAUGUAAGUACGUUGAGGCACAUGAUAGACAAAGGAGACGGGAGCUGGGAACAGAAGGACCGCCAGCAUCAGAUGUUGCGCAACGUCGUCCAGUUUUGCGAAAACCGAAGCGACUGCAGGCGCGUACAGGUUCUUGCAUACUUCAACGAGCCAUUCCGAAAGGAAGAUUGCAACUCCUCUUGUGACAAUUGCAAAUCAGACGCCGUUUUCGAGACACAUGACUUUAGCGAGCACGCCGCGUUAGCCGUGAAGCUCGUUCGUCGCUUAAAGGACAACAAGGAGCGGGUAACCUUGCUUCAGUGUGUUGACAUCUUCCGUGGCGUCAAGAAUAAGAAGGUCAAGGAUCAGCACAGAGACCUACCAGAAUUUGGAGCAGGGUCUGAUCUUGAGCUAGGAGAGGUCGAACGUCUUUUCUUCCGGUUAUUGAGUGAGGAAGCAUUCAAGGAACAUAAUCACGCGGUCAGGAAAGGAAUCACAAUUCAAUACAUCGAGCCGGGCCGUAGAGCCAAAGACUUCGAGAGCGGACGGCAGCAACUGAAGCUGCAAGUGCGAGUUUCUCCUAACGGAAAAGCCAAACGAAAGAAACAUGGUACCGGUGUGCGGGCUGCGACAGAAGAUUACCCGCAGUCCACAAAUGUAUCGUCUCCUAUAUUGUCGGCAUCUCGCCGCCGCGCUGCUCGAAAAGGCACAGAUGCUAUGCAGGGUCCUCAACUCUCCGAGGAUGAAGACAGCGAUGGCUUCGAGAGGAUCCGUAUCGCUGGAAAGCCAGAGAGACGGGAACGACAUACUGUUGGGCCCCCUAUCACCGGCGAUGAGAAGAUGAAAGAAUUGGAUAGUAUACACCAUAUGGUCGUCGAAGACUUUGUGAUACGUGCGAAGAAAGAGUGUCAUGAUAUCAUGAUGAAGAAAGGCCUUCGGAGCCAGCCCUUCCCUGACAGCAUCUUGCGCGACAUGGCGAUCCGCUUCCCUAAAAACGAAAGCGAACUUCUUGCGAUAGGAGGCAUUGACUCUGACAAGGUUGAACGGUAUGGUUCUCAGUUCCUGCGGCUCAUUCGUGGGGCACAGCAACAUUACGAAGACCUCAAAGGCGAACAUAAUGGUGUGGUGCAUGAUCCAAAUCACGAUACUGUCAUCCCCAUCAGCAGUGAUGAUGAAUUCAGUGACGACGAUCUUUUCGCAGACGGGGUUUCUAACCUCGAUCUCGACAAUACUAUCACUAGUCAAUAUUUUGAAGUUCCUCAAGAUCGACCCCCUACCAGUCGUUCGACCCGUCGGGUAAUGUCUCGAGGCAGCCCAGCACCAUCCACGAAAGGUCGACAACGCGCGGCGACAAAAGGAACUACAAAGCGCACAUGGCGGAAGAAGGGGGCUGAUUCUGGUACCAAGAAGAGGGCUUCUGGCUCUCGGUCCAGUGCAGCGAAAGGAGGCAAUAGCUCUGCAUCGUUCGCGAAGAAAGGCAAUUCCAAGAGCGCUGGACCGCGAAUCGAGAUGAUGCCAGCCUAAUUAUUAUGUCUUUCAUUUUUGUGAUGUCUUCUCGGAAGAUGCUGCACGUAUGUGCUCGGGAAACCGGAAGUUCUUAUGACCAUUACGAUUACUGCGUCGCAUUCGAUGGCGUCUAUGGGAGUUAGGUAGUAUAAGCUAUGGCUGGAUAUCAGUAUAAUUGUGUUAUAUUGGUGCAAUAUACAUGGGCUAGCGAUAAUAUUCUUCCGCAUAUAGGUCUUGUACUUGAAUAUCAGUCAGUUAAAUACAACAGUUAGCUAGUUAACUGUAGUUAAUAUCGAUAUUGG